CCUCUUCUCAGAAGCCGGCAGUGACUUGAUCAGGUCCGAGAAUUCUCAUGAUUAUAGCGCGCCGGUCUUUUGCGACCCCCCAGCUGAUCCUUCGCUCCUGACAAUAUGAAAGUUUCUAGACGUGGCAUGGUUACAGCUUACGGCUUUGCAAGGACGAGGCAAGCUCAGGAGCUUCCAUCGUGAAGCAGCAAAUGCGGAUUUUAGUGCUGGUGGUGAUGCAGACACGAGACAAUUGCGAAAUUAGUACUUUACUUUAAAACUAGAAUACCCCGCCAAUAAGCUGCCUAUAUGAAGCAUUGUACUACGUCCCAAUCAUGGUACGAUAUGGGCAAGUUUCUCGUAUUGGUGUCGUGUCUUUGUCCAAGCGCCACUGCUGGAUGCUCAAUUUGUAGAGAGGUGUUCCUUGUGCCGACAUGUUAUUCAUCUCACAUCCUCAAGGCGGAGAAUGUCGAACUUGUCCACAACUACUUUCUAGAAUUAGCGAGACUGCCCGUAGUGCCUUACCACCAUCUCAAGUAUAUUCCACAGUAUAGAAGUCACUGGUGGAGAGAGGCUUUGAGGAGUGUGAGGUGAACUUUGAACUGGUUGGGUCUCUCUGCCCCUCAUUAGUACCGUGAGAAGUCUUCCUCACCAAACGAUCAGACAACCCAUCAUCAGCGUCCUGAUCUUUUCCGACCAAGGUACCUGAGGUGCCUCACUGGCAAUUUGAGUUCAUGCUAGUAAUAUUUGAGUCCGUGUUCUCUGGUGACUGCUGCCUCAUCAGUAAUCUUGAUGGUCCUCGACAAGCUUGAGUACCUACUUUCUGUGAACCCUCUAUUAUCUCGAGGUCCUAGCUCUUUUGCGCGCACAAAUCUCGAUGUCUAUUAAUCGCACUCCGUAGCCGGGCAUCUUGCAAUCGUGUAUAAGAUAAGUUGAUUUUCACUCUUGUCACUUGCAAGGCCGCAUUGUCCCUCA